UUGGUUACAGAUCUUCACAAAAACGAAACUGACGAUAUGUUUAUACAUACGUAGUUUUCCACAUUUAGAGAAGAUAAGGACAGUGGUAUUUAUAAGUUAGAUUUAAAAUGGCAGAGAAUAUAUUAUAUAGGCGGACAAUGACUACAAAAGAGGAAGAAAUGGAAUCGUUAGCACUAAAUAGUUUCUUGGAUAAUAUUGAACUGAGUGAAGAUGACAUUAAAUCAAGGGUAUCGCUGUUUAGUUAUUUGGAAGCAUUAGCUGGAGCUGUAGAUUAUCAACCAGAUUUCCAACAAACAUCUAUUACUGGGUCUACAAUGGACGGUGUAUACUGGAAAGGGUAUGAAUCUGACCUUGACACGAUGGUACGUUUAUCUUAUGUGGCUGUAGUUGAAAAUGGGGACCAAGAAGUAUCAGUGAAAGGACCAGUGUUUGAAAUGGUACAUGAAAAUGUUCACCCUGGCUACACAAGGCUUAAGCUUAUAAAAGAUGGUCCUAGAGAGGAAAACAAUAUAUUUGCAACUACACCGGACGGUGCAAAAUCAUUUUGUGUAAAGGAAAAUGGUGAAUAUUUCUUAUCUGCAUACAAAAUGAAGUACGCAUCGAAUCUGUACUUGCAUGUUCCAGAGAAACCGCAAUGGGUCGUUCAGUCCAGUUACGCAUAUGGUGUCGAGUGGCCGGAUGAUGAAGAACUUUUAGAACAUGGACCGGCAAUUUGCUUUUCUGACCACUCCAAGGAAGACGAACCACCUUCUGAUAUGGUUCCUUCUUUUACAUGUCCAAACUGGCCAUCAAAGGCAAUGGAAUGGGUUACCAGGAAAAGAACUCAUUGGCCUUCAGCUGAAAUAAUCGAAACUCUUGUAAAGCAGGGGUGCAGAGUUGUUCCCGUUGGAUUCAGGGGAAGUCCGAAUAAGCAUGUUGAGUGGAGAAUUUCUUUCACUUUAACUGAACGCAGUUUGAUAAGGACUUUUAAUAACACGCAAUACAAAUGUUAUGCUUUGCUGAAAAUGUUACUAAAGGAAAUCAUUGAUAAAGAGGUGCCAGAAGUACUUUCGUCCUUCCACAUGAAGAAUACAUUGCUCUGGACCAUUGAAAAAACUGAUGCUGACAUCUGGAGACCAGAAAAGAUGACAUUCGCUUUCCUGCAGUGUCUAGAAAAUCUGGCUAAAUGGGUGAAGAAAGGAUAUUGUCCAAGUUAUUUCAUAGUUGAAAACAACGUGUUCGACUUGAAAGUAAUUGGAGAAAACCAAAGGAAGUUGGUCAGUAUUUUCGAGAGGAUAAUUGCGGAAAAAUGGAAAUGCCUUUUGGAGUGCGAGACAUUUAAGAAAAAUGAACAUUUUAUGGAGCUCAUACAAGAGCAAAGCGAGCUGUCCUUCACCAAAAUUAUUGAAAAUUUCAAAGGCGGCGAUCCUAAUCAGAUUUGGUUCAAUCAUGACAAGAAACUAUUUGAGAGAUACGAGCAUGCACGAACAGAGAUAUUUAGCCAGCUUGACGGGCAUGCUGAUAUUGACCUUACAAUUGUCGAUCAUCACGAAAUGAUAACGAAGCUACAAAAUGAGAGGUCUCCCUCGCAAUUUCACAGUACUGCUGUUGAACCUCUUGUCUUGUCAGUGAUGACAAGUCUUGGGUCACAUCUUUUUGCCAAACAUCAAAAUAAAGGAAACACUGAGACGCUUACAAAAGCAAAGGAACUGAUGGAGAAGGGUAUGGCAUCCGAUGCUACAUGUGGACCUCUUAAACUCGCAAACUUUGAGCUUAUGAAUGGAAAUACAUCACAAUGUUUACAAAUCACAACUGAUGUUUUGGCAAAUCAACAUUUGGUACAAUCACUGCUUCCCCAGUUUCUACCAAAAUAUAUCGGUACAAGUGACGAACAAUUAGAAAAGUAUGAAUCUUUUGUUUCAUCUACGUCAACAGUACAGGAGCGUUUCCGAAGCUCAGCAGCACAUGCGGUUGUCUUCUUUCCUACUGAAAUCGAUGCAUCUCCUAAAGCAGUGCGGUUUCAAUUGAAUAGCCGUGUACCGGAGUCUAUGGCGCAUUUGCGUUGGUUGAAAUGGGCAAUAUACGAUCCGCUUGUGUACGCACAUUUUUUGAGGUUCCUAUGCUAUCAAAAGUUGCAAAAUGCCGACAAAGGACAAGAGGAGCUACAAGCUAUUGAAUCUUUGAUUGAUAAUGAUCAAGUAGGAUAUGAAAUGUCGGCAUUCAACCUUUUAGGUUUCUCAUACGCGAGCAUGGGUAAUGUUGAAAAGGCCAUGGGAUUCUUACUAAAAGCCAAAGAGAUAACAUUAUUGCCUGACGCUGGCCUGUGGCAGUUUGGUGGCAUACUAAGCACUUUGUUGGGUGGAAGCAAGAAGAAGGACUAAACUAAGAACCAAUGAAGACAUAUUGUAACUUGAUUUGACUUUGUAUCUUGAUAGUGUAAUCGUAGAAACACAUCUACUUCCGAUGAUCGCAAAAACUGAUACAAUUUGUAUAUUUUUGAUACAGUGAUCGUAGUAUAGACUCGCAGUAAAUGAUACAGUGAUUUUGUUUCUACACUUUGGUAGUAUUAGUUUAAGUCAAGUAUAGAAGUUGUUGAAAAUUUGUGUUACAUUGAUUCAUAAUGACAUUGUUUUUCAAUAAGUAAAUUUUGAUUUAAUUAGAGUUUUGAUGCGUAACAAUCCCAAUCUUUUUAUAUAGUAAUAGUAUAAUUCUGGUGAUAUUUAUAUACAUGACGUAUAAUUAAUGUUUAUGAAUGAUGUACAUAUGUAUGGUUGAUACAUACUGCUUAUUUAUGCAUAACGAUGCUUAUGCAUGGUUAUAGUUUUUAUGCAUGACCACUGCAAAAUCUUUUUAUUUUAUACAUGAUUAAUAGAUAAUGAUUAUUCAUGAUUAACUGAUAGAUGUUAUGUAAAAAUUCACUGUUUUUGUAUACCCCUGUUUGUAUACCCAUGCAUGAUUGACACAUGAAGACGAGUAUUUUUUUCUAUAUUGUUCGUUGGCAAUUAUUUAAGAUAAACUUGUUCUUUACUAAAUAUAUCGCAAACCAAG